AUGGGGUUUCUGCUGUUUGGGUAUGAUCAAGGGGUGAUGGGCGGAAUCAUGGAUUCCAGUACAUUCGUGGAACAAUUCAACAAACCAUCGGCAUUGGAACAAGGUCUUAUCACGGGUCUCUACGAUAUUGGCUGUCUCUUUGGGUCCAUUCUCAUACUCUUUAUUGGCGAGAGGCUGGGAAGAAGAAAAUCCAUUUAUGUUGGAUGUUCUUUUGUUAUCGUCGGAACCAUUCUUCAAGCGACAGCGAAGGUUAUCCCGCAUCUGAUGGUGGGACGCGUCGUGACGGGAGUAGGUGUAGGCAUUAUGACCUCUAUUGUACCCACGUGGCAAUCAGAAGUCUCCGAGGCAGGGAAUCGCGGUGUCUAUCUUACAAUCCAAAGCGCAAACAUCAACACGGGCUUUUUCCUCUCCAACUGGAUCACACUAGGAGCCUCAUUUGCCAAAUCGCAGCUGCAAUGGGUCUUCCCUAUUUGUGUGCAACUAAUUUUUGCGACUUAUCUUCUGAUCAGUGUUCCCUUCCUGGUCGAGUCACCGCGGUGGGUAGCAAAUCACAAAUCAAUUGACGAAGCAACGAAAAUCAUCGCCCGGCUUCAAGAUCGUGAUGAAAAUGACGAAGAAGUCCUGCGAGUCCGCGAUGAAAUUUGCAAAGCCAUAGAGGAAGAAGAUAAUAGCUCAUGGAUGGAUCUUUUCCGAAACGGAGGUCAACAAAAUCUCCGUCGAAUGCUUCUAGGAUUUGGGGUGCUGUACAUGCAGCAAUUGACAGGUAUCAACUCUAUCGCGUACUAUCUACCAAUAGUCUUGGUCGAGUAUCUCCCAGUCAAAGAGACUACCGCGCACAUUAUCGCCGCGGUAGCAGCAACUCAAUACUUGGUCUUCUCGUUCAUGCCAGUCUUGUUUAUUGAGAGAAUUGGCAGACGCACCAUCCUGAUAUGUGGCGCAGCGGCUAUGACAAUCUUGUCGGUCAUGAUCGCCGUUGGUUUCAAUGUGCCUGGUCAAGGUGGCGCCAUCAUGACUGUGGUGAUGUAUUGUCUGUUCUAUGACGCCUUUGGGAUGAGCUAUCUUAAUGUCCCGUGGAUGUACGCGCCUGAAAUAAACUCUUUGAAAAUGCGCUCAAAAGGUGCUGCUAUUGCCUCUGCAUCCAAUUGGCUUUUCAACGGAAUCGUCGUCACAAUCACUCCGUCUAGCUUAGCUGCUAUCGGUUGGAAGUACUAUAUCAUAUGGGCCGUUUUCAACGCGUCAUUUAUACCUAUCGUUUACUUCUUUUAUCCAGAGACAAAAGGUUUGUCUCUUGAGGAAAUUGAUCAUAUAUUCGAGGGCCAAGGAAAGGGAUGGAGUUGCUUUACUCAGGGAGUCCGCGAAAGUGCCAAAGGGACUACAAUUAUUGAGGCCUGUCGACCCGAGCAUCUACAAUACGGUAGUUCUGAUUCGGCUAGCGACAAAAAGUUCCCGACGGCUGUUGGCAUUGAGCAUACCGACUUGGAGUGA